AUGGCGACGGACGUAGCCCUCGAAACCACCAUGGGCACGAUCAUCAUGGAGCUGUACAACGAGCACGCGCCCAAGACCUGCCAAAACUUCUCCACCCUCGCAACGCGCGGCUACUACAACGAUACCAUCUUCCACCGCAUAAUCAAGGACUUUAUGAUUCAGGGCGGAGACCCGACGGGAACAGGACGCGGCGGGAGCAGCAUCUACGGCGAAAAGUUCGAGGACGAGAUCCGCGACGACCUGAAGCACACCGGCGCCGGCAUCCUCAGCAUGGCCAACGCGGGCCCGCACACCAACGGCAGCCAGUUCUUCAUCACGCUGGCCCCGGCGCCCUGGCUCGACGGCAAGCACACCAUCUUUGGGCGCGUCAAGAAGGGCAUCCGCGUGGUGCAACGCAUGGGCCUGGUGCCGACGGACGGCGAGGACCGGCCCAAGGGCGAGGGGGUGCGCAUCGUGCGCGCGUUCGUGGUUGCCGCUGGGGAGGGGGAGGGGGUGGGGGGGGGAGGGGAGGUUGUAGUGUAG